GGAAUGAUAUCCGGAUUGUUCUGACAAAACCAGUGACAUUGGAGGGGGAAUCAGAUAUUGAUUACACAGCUCCUAAUCCUCUCCAGCUAGUUUUGAGUCUCUUCAAAAAUGUCAUGCCAGGAUCAGAUCUCUCACGCUUUCAGCUGCCCCCUAUCUUCAACAUUCCAAAGUCACAGCUUCAGUGUUUUGGUGAAUCGGUGUAUUGCAUUGCUACUGAUAUGUUGAGCAGGUGCAACGGCGGCAAGAGCCCCCAUGACAGAUUCAUAGCCGUUACAGCCUGGAGCAUUUCCACUCUGCGUCCUGUGAUAUUCGGUGUGGCUCCUUAUAAUCCCAUUCUUGGAGAGACGCACCAUGUUUCAAGUGGGAAUCUCAAUGUUCUUCUUGAACAGGUUUCACACGACCCACCAGUAUCUGCACUCCAUGCUACCGAUGAGAGAGAAAAUGUUGAAUUGAUUUGGUGUCAUCAUCCUUCUCCCAAAUUCCAUGGUACUUCAGUGGAAGCCGAGGUGCUGGGCAAAAGGCAGCUGAAGCUACUAAAUCAUGGAGAAACCUAUGUAAUGAACUCACUGAAUCUAUUGAUCAGAUUCCUUCCAGGUCCUGGGACAGAUUGGGUUGGUAAGGUCAAAAUCCAGUGUCAAGAAACUGGGCUGGAAGCUGAGUUAUGUUUUAGGAGCAAUUCUUUUCUAUGGCGCAGAGGAAAUCAUCGAUCUGUUACGGGGAAGAUAUUUGAGUCAUCAUCCUUGCAGACUCUUUAUGAGAUUGAUGGUCACUGGGAUAGAACUGUCGGAGUGAAGGACAUCAGUAAUGGAAAAUUAACAAUUAUAUACAAUGCAAAAGAAGUCAUUUCAGGAUUGAAUGCUCCAAUUGUCAAGGAUCCAAAGGAAGUGUGGCCAAGUGAAUCAGCCAUGGUGUGGAGUGAUGUGAGCCAGAGCAUCCUGAGCAAAGACUGGGAGAAAGCAAGAGAAGCAAAGAAGGUAAUUGAGGAGAAACAGAGGGAGCUAUUGAGAGAGAGAGAUUCAAGAGGAGAAACUUGGAUUCCUAAGCAUUUUACUGUUUCUCUUAGCAAGGAAGGUGGGUGGGACUGCUCACCUAUUCAAAAGUGGGUCCCACAAGCACCCAUAGUCGUGCCCCUUUGAUUC